CAGUCAAUAGUAAGCCAUUGAUAAAUGUGUGAAACGAUUGUUUGUCGAUAACAUUGAAAAGCAUUGCAAACAUAAAGUAAAAGACAAUUAAAAUUAAUUUUGUUUUUAUAUUUGAAUUGUCUGUUUGUCAUCAAAUGUAAUCAAUUUGUUUACCCGAAGCCGCAAAACGAGUGGAAACAAUGGCAGUUCCGCCAUAUAUUCUUCAGCAACAAUAUAUGAUGGGUUUGAUGGGCCAACAAAUGCAACCACCUGUUGGCCAACCAAUCGGCGGUGGCCUACCGCUAAUGGGUCAGCCGAUGGGUCAUCCGAUGGCCGGACCUGCGCCCGUCAUCGGCAAUCAAAUGCCAUCGACAUCACAAAUAUCUUCUUCAGUGUCCGGCAGUACUUUUUUAACUGAUGAGGAUUUGAAGGAAAAGUCAAAGAAAUGGCAACAAUUGCAAAGCAAACGAUACUCUGAAAAGAAAAAGUUUGGUUUUGUUGAAACACAAAAGGAAGAGAUGCCACCGGAACACCUGAGGAAAAUUAUCAGAGAUCACGGAGACAUGUCAUCAAAGAAGUACCGCCACGACAAGCGGGUCUAUUUGGGUGCACUUAAAUAUAUGCCACACGCCGUACUCAAACUGAUGGAAAACAUGCCGAUGCCUUGGGAACAGAUACGUGACGUUUCCGUACUCUAUCACAUCACUGGUGCCAUUACUUUUGUUAAUGAGAUCCCAUGGGUUAUUGAACCGGUAUAUAUAGCACAAUGGGGUUCAAUGUGGAUAAUGAUGAGACGGGAAAAGCGGGAUCGAAGACAUUUCAAACGUAUGAGAUUUCCGCCCUUUGAUGACGAAGAACCACCACUAGAUUACGCCGACAAUGUUCUCGAUGUUGAACCUCUUGAAGCCAUUCAAAUGGAAUUGGACAACGAAGAGGACAGUCAUGUGGCCAAAUGGUUUUACGAUCACAAACCGUUGAUCGACACCAAGUUUGUAAACGGAUCGUCAUAUCGACGAUGGUAUUUGGCACUUCCGCAAUUGGCCACACUAUACCGAUUGGCUAAUCAAUUGUUGACUGAUUUGGUGGACACCAAUUACUUCUAUCUAUUCGAUCUCAAGUCAUUUUUUACGGCUAAAGCGCUGAAUAUGGCGAUUCCCGGCGGACCUAAGUUUGAACCAUUGAUUAAAGAUAUAAAUCCUGGAGAUGAAGAUUGGAAUGAGUUUAACGAUAUCAACAAAAUAAUUAUUAGACAACCGAUUCGGACUGAAUAUCGAAUUGCUUUUCCUUAUUUGUACAACAAUUUACCACAUUAUGUACACCUAUCGUGGUAUCACACACCAAAUGUUGUCUUCAUAAAAACUGAAGACCCGGAUCUGCCGGCAUUUUAUUUCGAUCCACUCAUUAACCCUAUAGCUCACAGCCGGACCGCUACUAAAACGGUCGAACCUUUGCCUAAUGAUGAUGAAGACGACGAUCCGUUUAUUUUGCCAGAAUAUGUCGAGCCAUUCAUGAGUGACUGUCCUUUAUAUACAGAUAACACAGCCAAUGGAAUAGCUUUAUUAUGGGCGCCCCGUCCUUACAAUUUGAGAUCAGACCGAACUCGACGAGCUAUUGAUGUACCGUUAGUUAAGAGUUGGUAUAACGAGCACUGUCCGCCAGGAAUGCCGGUCAAGGUUCGGGUUUCUUAUCAGAAACUUUUGAAAUAUUUUGUGUUAAACGCAUUAAAACACAAACAUCCAAAACCACAGAAGAAGCGAUACUUAUUUCGUUCUUUUAAAGCGACAAAAUUCUUUCAGUCAACAACUCUUGAUUGGGUUGAAGCUGGUCUUCAAGUGUGUCGUCAGGGAUACAAUAUGUUAAACUUAUUGAUACACCGAAAGAAUUUAAAUUAUCUUCACUUGGAUUACAACUUUAAUUUAAAACCUGUAAAGACUUUAACAACUAAAGAGCGAAAGAAGUCGAGAUUCGGAAAUGCAUUUCAUUUGUGUCGCGAAAUACUUCGUCUGACAAAACUAGUUGUUGACUCACAUGUUCAGUAUCGGCUCAACAAUGUCGACGCAUUUCAAUUAGCUGACGGUCUUCAGUAUAUCUUUGCACACGUGGGACAGUUGACCGGAAUGUAUCGAUACAAGUAUAAGCUUAUGCGUCAAAUUCGUAUGUGUAAAGAUCUAAAACAUCUUAUCUAUUAUCGCUUCAACACCGGUCCGGUUGGUAAAGGACCCGGUUGUGGAUUUUGGGCUCCGGGAUGGCGAGUAUGGCUAUUCUUUAUGCGCGGAAUCACUCCAUUGUUAGAGCGAUGGUUAGGAAAUCUACUGUCUCGACAAUUUGAAGGUCGUCAUUCUAAAGGUGUGGCCAAAACUGUGACCAAACAACGAGUCGAAAGUCAUUUUGAUUUGGAAUUAAGAGCAUCGGUAAUGCAUGACAUCAUCGAUAUGAUGCCCGAAGGUAUUAAACAAAAUAAAGCGCGAACUAUAUUACAACACUUGAGUGAGGCGUGGAGGUGCUGGAAGGCUAACAUACCGUGGAAAGUGCCCGGCCUUCCCAUUCCCAUUGAAAAUAUGAUAUUGCGUUUUGUUAAGAUGAAAGCCGACUGGUGGACAAACACGGCUCACUAUAAUCGGGAACGUAUUAGACGAGGCGCUACUGUAGACAAAACGGUAUGCAAGAAGAACUUGGGGCGAUUGACUCGUUUGUAUUUAAAAGCUGAACAGGAAAGACAACAUAAUUAUCUUAAAGAUGGGCCUUAUAUUAGUGCUGAAGAAGCCGUUGCCAUAUAUACUACAACUGUUCAUUGGCUCGAAAGUCGACGCUUUUCUCCGAUACCUUUUCCACCGCUUUCUUAUAAACACGACACCAAACUAUUGAUACUGGCAUUAGAAAGACUUAAAGAGGCCUAUAGUGUCAAAAGUCGUCUGAAUCAAUCUCAACGCGAAGAACUGGGUCUCAUAGAGCAGGCCUAUGACAACCCACACGAGGCUUUGUCUCGUAUUAAACGACAUUUACUAACUCAACGAGCGUUUCGCGAAGUGAGCAUUGAGUUUAUGGAUUUAUAUUCACAUUUGAUACCAGUUUACGAUGUGGAACCACUUGAGAAGAUAACUGACGCUUAUUUGGAUCAGUAUUUAUGGUAUGAAGCAGACAAACGCCACCUCUUUCCUCCGUGGAGUAAACCGGCCGAUUCGGAACCACCGCCACUAUUAGUCUAUAAAUGGUGUCAAGGAAUUAAUAAUCUUCAAGAUGUUUGGGACACUAAUGAAAGAGAAUGUAAUGUAAUGCUUGAAUCGAGAUAUGAAAAACUUUACGAAAAGAUUGAUUUAACACUUCUUAAUCGUUUACUUCGACUUAUUGUUGAUCAUAAUAUCGCUGAUUAUAUGACAGCUAAAAACAAUAUUGUCAUUAAUUAUAAAGACAUGAAUCACACCAAUUCUUACGGUAUUAUCAGAGGUCUUCAAUUUUCAUCAUUUAUUGUACAAUACUAUGGAUUAGUAUUGGAUCUAUUGGUUUUGGGUCUUCAACGAGCCAGUGAAAUGGUUGGACCGCCACAAAUGCCCAAUGAUUUUCUUACCUAUCAGGACGUGGCAACAGAAAGUUGUCAUCCAAUUCGUCUCUAUUCCCGAUAUAUCGAUAGAUUUCAUAUUUUCUUCAGAUUUACAGCUGAAGAGGCGCGUGAUUUAAUCCAAAGAUAUUUGACAGAACAUCCCGAUCCUAAUAACGAAAAUAUUGUCGGCUAUAACAACAAGAAGUGUUGGCCACGGGAUGCAAGAAUGCGUCUAAUGAAACACGACGUCAACUUAGGUCGAGCCGUAUUUUGGGAUAUUAAGAACCGAUUGCCGCGUUCGGUGACAACUAUUCAAUGGGAAAAUAGUUUUGUUUGUGUUUACAGUAAAGAUAAUCCGAAUUUAUUAUUCAAUAUGUGUGGCUUCGAGUGUCGAAUUUUACCGAAGUGUCGAAUGACUCAGGAAGAAUUUACACACAAAGAUGGCGUUUGGAAUCUUCAAAAUGAAGUAACUAAAGAAAGAACUGCUCAAUGCUUUCUUAGAGUUGACGACGAAUCGAUGCAACGCUUUCACAAUAGAGUCCGACAAAUACUGAUGGCUUCGGGUUCGACCACAUUCACGAAGAUUGUCAACAAAUGGAACACUGCUUUAAUUGGUUUAAUGACUUAUUAUCGCGAAUCUGUUGUCAACACACAAGAACUUUUGGAUCUUUUAGUGAAAUGCGAAAACAAAAUUCAGACGCGUAUUAAAAUUGGUCUCAACUCAAAAAUGCCGUCACGUUUUCCACCCGUUGUCUUCUAUACACCGAAAGAGUUGGGAGGACUCGGAAUGUUAUCUAUGGGUCACGUUUUGAUACCUCAGUCAGAUCUACGGUGGUCUAAACAGACUGAUGUCGGUAUAACCCAUUUCCGAUCGGGUAUGUCUCAUGAUGAGGAUCAAGUGAUUCCCAAUCUAUAUCGAUAUAUCCAGCCGUGGGAAACGGAGUUUAUUGAUUCACAACGAGUGUGGGCCGAGUAUGCACUCAAACGACAAGAAGCAUUGGCCCAAAACAGAAGACUAACUCUUGAAGAUCUGGAAGACAGUUGGGAUCGAGGAAUACCGCGAAUCAAUACACUUUUCCAGAAAGAUCGACACACACUGGCGUACGAUAAAGGAUGGCGAGUUCGCACAGAUUUCAAACAAUACCAAGUGUUGAAACAAAACCCAUUUUGGUGGACACAUCAACGACACGACGGAAAGUUGUGGAAUCUUAACAAUUAUAGGACUGAUAUGAUUCAAGCACUGGGAGGUGUUGAAGGUAUUUUGGAGCACACAUUGUUCAAAGGCACAUACUUUCCUACUUGGGAAGGAUUGUUUUGGGAAAAAGCCAGUGGUUUUGAAGAGUCCAUGAAAUAUAAAAAGUUAACAAACGCUCAGAGAUCGGGUCUAAAUCAGAUACCGAAUCGUCGGUUUACGUUAUGGUGGUCACCAACAAUAAAUAGGGCCAACGUUUACGUAGGAUUUCAAGUGCAGUUAGAUUUGACCGGUAUUUUCAUGCACGGAAAGAUCCCGACAUUAAAGAUAUCGUUGAUCCAAAUAUUUAGAGCUCAUUUGUGGCAAAAGAUUCACGAAAGUGUUGUCAUGGAUUUGUGUCAAGUAUUUGAUCAAGAAUUGGAUGCUCUGGAAAUAGAAACGGUUCAGAAAGAGACAAUACAUCCCCGAAAGUCAUACAAAAUGAACAGUUCUUGUGCUGAUAUUUUGCUGUUCGCUGCCUAUAAAUGGAAUGUUUCGCGACCUUCUUUGUUGGCCGAUUCUAAAGAUGUUAUGGACGGAACAAAUACUCAAAAAUAUUGGAUUGAUGUCCAGUUGCGUUGGGGUGACUAUGACUCACAUGAUAUUGAACGAUACGCCAGAGCAAAGUUUCUAGACUAUACCACCGAUAAUAUGAGUAUUUAUCCGUCACCAACUGGUAUCUUAAUAGCUCUCGAUUUGGCCUACAAUUUGCACGCGGCGUACGGCAAUUGGUUUCCCGGCGCUAAACCAUUAAUACAACAGGCGAUGGCAAAGAUAAUGAAAGCAAAUCCAGCUCUUUAUGUGCUAAGAGAACGUAUUCGAAAGGGUCUUCAGUUGUAUUCAUCAGAACCAACCGAACCAUAUCUGUCGUCUCAAAAUUAUGGCGAACUGUUCUCUAAUCAAAUUAUUUGGUUUGUCGACGACACUAAUGUAUAUCGUGUGACCAUUCAUAAGACAUUUGAAGGAAAUCUGACGACAAAACCGAUAAACGGAGCUAUAUUUAUAUUCAAUCCAAGAACCGGACAAUUGUUUUUAAAGAUUAUCCACACGAGUGUAUGGGCCGGUCAAAAACGUUUGGGACAAUUAGCUAAAUGGAAAACCGCCGAAGAGGUGGCCGCUUUGAUUAGAUCAUUGCCUGUUGAGGAACAGCCGAAACAAAUUAUUGUAACUCGAAAAGGAAUGUUGGAUCCAUUAGAGGUCCAUUUACUUGACUUUCCCAAUAUUGUCAUCAAAGGCAGUGAAUUGCAACUACCAUUCCAGGCUUGUCUUAAAGUUGAGAAAUUUGGUGAUCUUAUCUUAAAGGCUACGGAACCGCAAAUGGUUUUAUUCAAUCUGUACGACGAUUGGCUCAAAACUAUUUCUUCAUACACAGCGUUUUCGCGACUGAUUCUCAUAUUAAGAGCUCUUCACGUGAAUAACGAACGAACCAAAGUAGUACUCAAACCGGACAAAACUACAAUUACUGAACCACACCAUAUAUGGCCUACUCUUACUGAUGAGGAAUGGAUUAAAUGUGAAGUUCAACUUAAGGAUUUGAUUCUUGCUGAUUACGGCAAAAAGAAUAACGUAAACGUGGCCUCAUUGACACAAUCGGAGAUUCGUGAUAUCAUAUUGGGAAUGGAGAUAUCUGCGCCAUCAGCUCAAAGACAACAGAUCGCCGAAAUCGAAAAACAAACUAAAGAACAGUCACAACUUACAGCAACGACAACCCGUACUGUUAACAAACACGGCGAUGAAAUUGUGACAACAACUACAAGUAACUACGAGGCGCAGACAUUUGCAUCGAAAACCGAAUGGCGAAUUCGGGCCAUUUCGGCCACUAAUUUGCAUCUCCGCACAAACCAUAUAUAUGUUUCAUCAGAUGAUAUCAAAGAAACUGGUUUUACAUAUAUUUUGCCUAAGAAUGUUCUCAAAAAGUUUAUUAUUAUAUCGGAUCUGAGAACACAAAUUUCCGGAUAUUUAUUUGGCGUCAGUCCUCCAGACAAUCCACAAGUCAAAGAAAUAAGAUGUAUAGUAAUGCCUCCUCAGUGGGGUACUCACCAAACCGUUCAUUUACCUAAUUUGUUGCCACAACACGAAUACCUUAACGAUUUGGAACCGUUAGGUUGGAUUCAUACGCAACCAAAUGAAUUGCCACAACUUUCACCGCAAGACAUCACAACACACGCAAAGAUGAUGUCUGAUAAUUCUUCGUGGGAUUCGGAUAAGACUAUUGUUAUUACAUGUAGUUUCACUCCCGGCUCGUGUUCACUGACCGCUUAUAAACUGACUCCUGGAGGUUAUGAGUGGGGCCGACAAAACACCGAUCGGGGAAACAAUCCAAAAGGAUAUUUGCCGUCACAUUAUGAAAGAGUACAGAUGUUAUUGUCCGACCGUUUUCUCGGCUUCUAUAUGGUACCGGCACAGGGAUCCUGGAAUUAUAACUUUAUGGGUGUCCGACACGACUCAUCCAUGAAAUAUGAGCUCCAAUUGGCAAAUCCUAAAGAGUUUUAUCAUGAGUGCCACCGAAUCGCCCAUUUCUCCAAUUUUAGUCAUUUAGAGGACUCUGAAAAUGUUGGCGCCGAUAGAGAGGACCACUAUUCGUAGGCAAACAAAAUUGGACAUAAAAUUAUACUUUAAUUAUACACCACUUAUGUGUUGUCAAAAUUAUUUUAUCAUUUUUGUAUUUUGUUUUUAUUAUACGCUAAACUACUACAUGUAAUCAU